AAAACACUCCUGCUUCGAUAUUGAUUAUACAGGGUAUGUUUAGUUUGACGUUGGCUCUUUAGUUUCUGGUUACUUGGACACUGACAGCGGGAGGCGGGUGGAGACAUCGGCAAACAGUAACGAUGAUGUACUACGGUCUUCUACAGAUCUCACUUUUUAUAGGUUCCUGUGCACUACCGAAAGGUCGGGAAUUUGUUGCAGCAUUUCCUGAGAUGUAUUACCAAGGUUUUUUUCCUGAAAUCAGCUUCGUGAUUCUGUCUGACGUCAAUACAACCGUGCACAUUGAAAGCAAAGGCUUUAACAUCUCUGAGGAUGUGGACGUUCAGGCAAUGGUUGAACACAGAUACAGCGCGGAUUCUCUUUUCUACUACAAGGCAAAUCUUGAAGUUACAGAUAUGACAUUCUCUGUAUCCUCUGGAACGGAUAUUACCCUUUUCUGCUACAAUGCCAUGGUUCACAGAGGAGAUGGAUACGUUGCUUUGCCAAUUAUUGAUUUAGCUACCAAAUAUAUCGUUGUUACACACAUCGACAAUCACACAUCUAACACAGCUGAUAUUAAUUUACCAUAUACUGGGCAAUCACAUACAGUCUUACUCAUCGUCGCUACCGAGGAUGCUACCCAGGUUGACGUCAGCUUAAACAUAAAAGGACCACUAAUGGCUGGUGGGUGUGGCGGCGGGACAUUUUUCAAUGGGGAAACAAGAACAUUUACACUCAACAAAUAUCAGAUUGUAGGCGCCUACUGUUCUGAGGAUAUCACUGGGACACUGGUUACCAGUGAUAAACCUGUGGCAGUACUUAGUGGACAUAAUACGAAGAGAUUCUCGGGCAGCAGUAACCUCCUAUUAGAAAUGUUGCUGCCAGUGAAAUCGUUUGGACGAAGUUUUGUUCUGCCCGAGCCACCGACCAUUACUGGCGGAGCUGUAUACAGAGUUGUAGGAUCUGAGGCCACCACCACAGUUCGCUCUCCGAGUGGCACGUCAUUUUCACUUGGUGAAGGAGAGUAUCUAGAUAUUGAUGUUAACUCUACCACAGGGUCAUUGUACAUUGAAGCUGACAGACCAGUCAGUGUUGUUCAGUUCACACAGAAACUAGCAUCAAUGGCGAUCGUUCCACCAACGAGCUUAUUUGCUUAUGACUAUGACAUUUCAAAACCGGUCUUCAACCCGACUUAUGACCUGCAUAGUGCGUACCUUACAGUUAUUGUCCCAACAGAUAAGGUUAUUGGUUUACGUCCACAGAUAUUUCCACAAUUCACGGUAAUCAAAGGAAGCUGCUUCUCUGUGGCUUCAGUGGAGCUAAGGACAGGAUUCUACAGACUUCUUCACGUGGACGGUGUCCCAUUUGGAGGGAUGAUGUACCUCAAACCGAAUUGGGGCAAUAUUGGUAUUUUCACUCACCCUAUUGGGUACAACCUCACAGAUGACACAGGCAAGUAUUUAGGAAUUACCAUGUCCUCUCUAUCCAUUUUUGACUGCACUCUGGGAUGUCUUCAUAUAAUAAAGAGGCUUUUUAUCCUCACGAUUGCCUUUAUAUUUCGACCAGAAUACUAUGACAACAUAACGCAUGCAUCCAUCUGUUGA